AUGUGUGACAUACAAAAUUGCAUUGAUAAAUUUGUGGAUCUCUUUGAGGAGUUCUCCUGUGAGGAAACUGACUGUUUGAGCAGAGAACAGUUCAAAGCACUGGUAACCAGUGAAAUCAACUCCCCUGAUUAUGAAGGGAAACUCGAGCUAUGCGAUAUUGAUGACGUCUUUGCAGAGCUGGAUAGGAACAAUGAUGACAAGCUCGACUUCCAAGAGUUCAUCAAUUGCAUGGGCAAAAUGAUUAAAACUCAGCGCAAAAAGGCUGGCAGAGGUCGCAAUAAAGGCAGACGGGGCAAGAAAGGAAAAGGAAAAGGGAGAAGGGGUAGUGGCAGUGGCAGUUGCAGUGGCAGUGAUGACGAAUGCGGCGGCCGCGGGGGCAAGGGUGGCGGCGGCGGCCGCGGGGGCAAGGGUGGCGGCGGCGGCGGCGGCGGCGGCCGUGGCGGUCGCUGA